AUGAUAGGUUUCAGACCACACCUAUUCACUCAGGACGUUAUGAAAAUGCUGAAACAUCACAUUAUAGAUCAGGAGACGAAGGACAUUAGGGCCAUUCUCGGCCUCGAUCUUGAGAAGGCCUUUGACAAUGUUUCGCGCUCCCACAUACUUGACUCCAUCUCUCGCCUCAACCUAGGAGCCAACUUUCACAAGAUCACCAGCUCGUUCCUCACGGGUAGAAGAGCCACUAUCAAGCUAGGGGAUCUCAAGUCUGAGUCCUACGAUCUUGGUCCCUUCGGCACACCACAGGGCUUAGUCUUCUCCCCACUGCUGUUUAACAUUGCCAUCUGCGACCUUGCUGCCGAGCUCUCAUGCCAGGAAGGCAUCAAGUUCGCCAUCUACGCGGAUGAUGGAGCGUCGGUGGCUCGGAGGGCUGCGUGGAGAGCUCCCUUCAGGCGGCCGUCGACUGUGUUGAAGCUUAUAUAA